ACCAGGAGAAACAGCCUACUUUGGACAUACGUUUUAACUUUAUUUUCUUCGCUUUUCCUUUUUCCAUCACGACUGACAGCAUGCAAGUACCGAACAGACCAAUAGGAGCGGGAGCGUACGGGUACUCCGCCAUGCGCCAUUACGCUUCGCUCUAUCCACAGCGCAGCAGCAGCCAGUGCGCAGCGGCGACCAAGCCUGCCAGCGGGAAAUCUUUCACCAUUGACGCCCUGCUCGCCAAGCCGUCGGAGACACACAUAGACCGAACGAGUCCCAUUCACUGUAGACUCAAAUACCAACCGACAGCGCCACUACAUCCCUUCCAGACCCAGAUGAGCUCAGCGCUGCCACAGUACCUCUACUCGCCCAACAUGAUGCACACGCCGGUGCACAGUCACACACAACCCGGAUACUCUGUCUACUGCUGUCCACCGUUCUCCCACCACGCGUCAUGCCAUGGGGCCUUUUACGCACACGAAACAGGUCUAUCAAUGUCCCACUCAUUCAAACACAAGGGAGGGAAAUCCAAGCGGAUGCGCACCAGCUUCACCAACGAGCAGUUGGACCGUCUGGAGAAGGAGUUCGCCCGCCAACAGUACAUGGUUGGCUCGGAGAGGUUCCUUCUGGCGUCGGGUCUGCAGCUCACAGAGGCUCAGGUUAAAGUGUGGUUCCAGAAUCGACGCAUCAAAUGGCGCAAGCAGAGUCUGGAGCAACAGCAGAACAAGCUGGUUAAACUGGGCCUGGCCACCCCAGUGAAGAGUCCUGGUUCUCAAGGUCUGGGGGAGGAGGCGGAGGAGAUCGAUUUCUCAGACGGAUAAGAUGUGGAUAAAGACGGGAUCCCUGACUACCGCUGACCGCUCUUGGACCACAGAACCAGGCAUCUGUAUACACCGCUCAAGACACGGGACCGAGGACCACACCACCCCUUACUGUAUAAA